AUGAAGAUUAGAGAUAAGUUUGGGGGGCCUUGGUUGAUUCUGGGUGAUACUAAUUUUGUUCUCAGUGCUUCAGAACGUGAGGGGUCUUUUGGAAGAGACCAGUUUAUCCCUGUCAUAUCUAAUCUGGUGGAUUCUCGGGGGCUUAUUAACAUGCCUAUUCAUGGAGAUAAGAUGACUUUGGACAACCAUCGAUUAUGUACGAAUCAUGUCAAGUAUGUUCUUGAUAAAGGUUUAGUUAAUGGGGCUUGGAUCAAUUUAUUCCUGAGAGCUAUUAUUUGUUCGUAUCAGACGAGCAACUCUGAUCACAGACCCUUGUGUCUUUUUACUGGCGGGUUGGACGCCAAUUUUAAAAGAUCUUUUAAGUUUGAGGAAGGUUGGACGAGAGAUGCUAGAAGUAAGCUGGUGGUUGUUCAUGCCUGGAAUUCGGUUGCCCACCCUUGGCCCCCUGCCCGCGUCUUCAAAAAGAUUGAAGCCACUCGGAGCUUACUUGAGGGGACUCGUGAUUGGAAUUCAGAACGAGACAUCAGGAGAGCCUUGAAUAAAUCUUUUGAAAGAAAAGCUCUAUACUGGAAACAAAGGGCCAUGAUUUCUUGGAUUAAGGAUGGGGAUAAAUGCAUCAAAUUCUUCUUCCUCUCGGCUGCUAUUAGAGGAAGGAGAAAUGCUAUCUAA